UUCGAACGAGGGUUUCUGGGCAACAGUGCAGCUAAAAGUGGAGGAACCUCCAGGAAUUACCAUGUAAGUAAAUAAAUAAAAUUACAUUCAUAUAAAUUAAAUGUAUUUAUUGAAUAUUCAAACUGAUUUUGAUAUUAAGAACUAUGUCCUUUAUCGUAAUGUAACCCUAGGCGGCAGCUGUGGACGCGUACCGGCUAAAGAUAUUAUCGUGAAUUUAAAACGAGAUUUUAGGAGAGACCAGUCUUUUGGGAGAGCACGGAAAAAAAGGUUCUUAAAGUUCCAUUUAAAGGAGGGCAAUUUGGAAGGUGAAGAAGAAGAGCAUCUUAGAUACAAAUGUGAAAUAAAUACUAUUAGUAAAUACUAUACCGAAACGCCUGAAAUUGGGCAGAAGUUGCUAACAUGGAAUCAAGAUUUUAAGAACUAUGUCCUUUAUCGUAAUGUAACCCUAGGCGGCAGCUGUGGACGCGUACCGGCUAAAGAUAUUAUCGUGAAUUUAAAACGAGAUUUUAGGAGAGACCAGUCUUUUGGGAGAGCACGGAAAAAAAGGUUCUUAAAGUUCCAUUUAAAGGAGGGCAAUUUGGAAGGUGAAGAAGAAGAGCAUCUUAGAUACAAAUGUGAAAUAAAUACUAUUAGUAAAUACUAUACCGAAACGCCUGAAAUUGGGCAGAAGUUGCUAACAUGGAAUCAAGAUUUUAAGGUAAGAUUUAUUCAAUUUAUUCGAGGUUGUUAG